CCCUUAGUAUCCCAUACAAGUAUACUGCCAGCUCUCAUGGAUGCAACUCGGAGGUCUCACACUGGGACAUGGCUGCUGUUUAUGUUAAUGCUGGUAGCACCCCUUCACGAUGUUGAGUGUCUGGAACCUGUCAGUCUGACCAUAGCUGCUGCCUCUGCUGUUGCCCUGACCAGCUACGCGUCCCAUCGCCUGUACUGCAGACUGACCCAGAGAUGCGACGAGGAGAAGCCGUUCAGCACCGCAGCACUGAAUGCAGACUUGACAAACAGACUUUUUGGACAGCCCCUGGCUAAAGCAGCGAUCAUCUGGGCACUGACAGACUUUAUGGGCUCUGAAUACCCCCAGAAGGCACUGACCUUAUCACUACACGGAUGGACAGGAACUGGCAAGAAUUUAGCCAGCAAAAUUAUUGUGGAGAAUAUUUACAAGCUGGGAAUGAAAAGUAAAUGUGUCCAUCUCUAUGUGUCUACUCUGCAUUUCCCACACGAAGACCGGAUCCCUUUGUACCAGGACCAGUUGCAUACUUGGAUUAGAGGAAACGUCAGCCGUUGCGCUCGCUCCAUAUUUAUAUUUGAUGAAAUGGAAAAGCUCAGCCCUGAUCUCAUCGAUGCCAUCAAGCCUUUCCUGAACUAUUAUGAACAUAUUGAUGGCGUGUCUUUUCAUAAAGCUAUCUUUAUUUUCCUCAGCAAUGCAGGGAAUGAGCAGAUCAAUGAAGAUGUGGUGAAGAUUGCUAUGGAGAGACACAGUUUACAGUUGUAUCAUCUGGAGUCCAUCUUUUCUACGUUAUUCAGUAACAGAAUACUUUGGCACAGAAGCCUCAUUGGAAACAGCCUUAUUGACUUUUCUAUCCCCUUCCUGCCGCUGGAGCUCGGCCACGUGAAGAGAUGCAUCAUGGCGGAACUGAGACAGAGCGGGCUUAGAGAGGAUGAAGAGCUGGCAUCACGGGUGGCUAACGAGAUGGUUUAUUUCCCAAAAGACAGAAAACUAUUCUCUGACAGAGGCUGUAAAACUAUACCGGCUAAACUCCUCAUCCAUCUUUAGCUGCUGCCUCACUUCUAGCUGGGGAUCAAGCCUCAAGAUACCGGAGCAUUCUCAUUGACAAUAUGGGAACUCAUCACCUACAGACCAGUCACCCGCUAAUGUCCCCACUAUGGAACAACCCUGACAUUACAUACAUUCCUCUCAGAUAUUACCCCUUUAUGAUAUUUUACUGACUUCUUCAUUCUUGAUUUUCCUUACCCAGUAACAGCUAAUUUCUAUACCUACGAAUAAAGUACAGUAUCUACACCAAUCACUACACCUACCAGGCCCUAUUAUGCAAUACUACCAACUAGAAACACUACAUUGCCAUACACCAUCUAAGGGUACGAAUGCCACACUGUACCCACUUCUACUUUAAUGUAGCAGAGCAUUAAAGACCAACAGGACUGUGGAAAGCAACAGAGACACUGGACCUAAUUCAGAGUUGAUCACAGCAGCAAAUUUGUUAGCAGUUGGGCAAAACUGUGGCCCUCAUUCCGAGUUGAUUGCACGCUGCCAAUUUUCGCAGUGCAGCGACCAGGUUACUACUGUGCAUGCGUAUGGACUGCAAUGCGCACGUGCGUCGUACGGGUACAAACAGCAUUGUUGCUGUGCAAUGCUUCUAGCGACGAUUCCAUUCGCACAGCCGUUCGCAAGGAGAUUGACAGAAAGAGGGCGUUUAUGGGUGUCAACUGACCGUUUUCUGGGAGUGGUUGGAAAAACGCAGGCGUGUCCAGGCGUUUGCAGGGCGGGUGUCCGACAUCAAUUCCGGGACCGGACAGGCUGAAGUGAUCGCAGCGGCUGAGUAAGUUCAGACCUACUCAGAAACUGCAAAAACCUUUUUCGUCCCGCUCGGCUGCACAUGCGAUCACACACUUGCAAAGUGAACAUACACUCCCUCGUGGGCGGCGACUAUACGUUUGCAUGGCUGCAAAAAGUAACUAGCGA